CAAACUUAAUGGGUUUGGCAGAUAUUUUACAUUGAAACAGUUGUGUAUGUCCUUCGGAAAAUGGGAAACAUUUGAACGUGUGAUGGCUGAAAUAUUUUAUAACGGUAGGAGAGUUGAUGGUCGCAGACCAAAUGAAAUUAGACGAGUAGAUUGUCAGUUCGGCUCGGGUUAUUCUGACGGAAUAGUAUUUCUGCAUCAAGGGAAUACCAAGGUGAUUGCAUCCGUGGUUGGACCCCAUGCUCCUAGAGUAAAAGGUGAUGGUACUCCAGAUGGUGCAACGAUAACGUGUCAAUUUACUAAGCCUCCUUUUGCAUCGACUUCAGGGGAGCGUCGCAAACUGUCAUCAAAAGAUAGAUCAGCGAAUGAUUUUGCUACUGCCAUUGAGGAGAUAUUUUCAUGUGUCAUCAGGACAGAAAAGUACCCAAUGUCUCAAAUAGAUAUUUUUCUUGAAGUUAUUCAGUCAGAUGGCUCUGAGUUUGCUUGUGCUGUAAAUGCAACCACACUUGCCUUAACUGAUGCUGGGAUUGAAAUGGAUUGCCUCGUCAGUGCAGCUACAGUUGGUCUUUGGGGUUCACAUGUGUUCGCUGACCUUUGUCGCUUUGAGGAGAAUCCACGUAUAUCACAGUUAACCGUUGUUUGUCUUCCCAAUGUUCACCUGCUUUCCGGAGUGAAUAGAGAGGAGCAAAUAGGUCAGUGGAAAAGCCAACCUCAAAUCCUUCAUACACGUCUCUCUUCUUGGUUACCUGUUGAGAGACUACAACCACUCAUAACAGAAGCUGUGAAGGUAGCUCAAACACUUCAAAAGGAAUUUUCUUAUUGGUUACGUGGCCGUGUACGUAGUGGUUUUAUCACCAGAUGAUUAACGUGAUUCACCUUUAUAAAAGGACAUUUUAAGCUAUACCAGAUAUAUUAUCUGAGUAUGAUUUAUAUGAAAUGCAAUGUUUCACGACUGACCAUGUAAAGUUACAAUAUAAAUUAUCAUCCCGACUUUUAAAUUAAUUAAACAAAACUGACUUUUUAACAUGUUACGUCGCACAAAAUUCUCUUACGUAAUUUCUCCGACCAAAUAAUCCAGUUAGCUUACUGGUCAGAAUGCUUCCUUCCUCAAAAUGAAAUUGAGAUAGAUUUUUCUGAAUUCGACAAAUAAGCCUCUACCUUAAAAGUAAAAUCCAAUAGACGGCGUAGGAACUCAUGUUGACCGUAAACUGAGACGUUUAAACGUCAAAGUCCUGGAAUUCAUAUAUGCUACUGUGUCAUUUUAGGUGGAAUACUCUGACCUUUUAACCGCACUCGUAGCUCUAGACGUACGGUUUUAUGGGAACACACAUGCUUCUUAGGGAGCAGCAAGUAGUAUCCCUCAAAAAACUAUCAAAUCUCGAUUUUGUGAAAAGUUUAUGGGAAGAGCAAGCUCUCUU